AAGUGAUGGCCCAUACAUAAUUUCUAUAACAGUAGCAGUAGUAACGAAACGUCCCAUUUCACUAGUACAUUGACAGAAAAAGAAACGCCACGUAGUACAUUAAUAGCUUCAGCCUUCAGUACUGUUCCCGCCUAAAAUCAUUACUAUGUAGCAAAAGCAAAUCGUCUCCCACUUCUUCCCCAAAUCCGAAACCCUAACAUUUCUCUCCGCAAACACAGCAACGCUUCUAUGAAGGACGGUGAUCUCUCCUCUGGUUCAGAUGCGAAGAAGAAACAAAAACUGGAAGAUUCUGAGGUGAUUGUGGUGGAUAAUCGAAUUCCUUCACAGGCAGAGAAAGAGAAAAAAUGUCUGAGAGGUUUAGCAGAGUUACUCAUUCGUAUCGCUCGUACGAGUCCUCACUCUUUUAUGCAGCAUUUGGGCCCGUUCUUGCCUUUUGGUGUUUCUCAACUCGAGAAAGAAGUUCUCAAGGUACACAAAGAACGUAAAGACAAGGUCAAGAAAUUUCUCAAAGGUUUUCAAGGGAAUCUUACUAUCUCUUAUGAUGUGGUGACUUAUGAUGAUGAAUAUGAGUAUGGCAGUGAUUCCGAAGAUGGACUUGUUUGGCACAAGGAUUUCGUCUGUAUGAGUGUCCAUUUUGUUGAUCAUACGUCCAAGGUCGGGAAAUGGAUCUUGGGGUACUAUCCUAUCGAGUUUGCACGCGGUGAUAAAGUCUCUGUUUGCAGAAUCAAGAGUGUUCUUGUGGAUUAUGAGAUUGAGAACAAGGUCUCUGCUCUUCUAGUGUCUAACUACGGUGAUCUUGGUCAUGAGGAGUUUGAUUGUUUAAGAAAAUGGAUAGAAAAGAGAGGGAAGAAUCCGAUUGAUCCUUGUUUCUUCCGCAUCUAUUGCUGCGCUGAUCUUUUCCGGUUAAUGGCUGGUGAUGUGUUUGACAAUAUGGACUUGCUUCUAGAGGAGAUCAGGGUGUUGGUUGGUUGGGGAAAAAUGACAUCAACCAACUGGAACGUCUCUUUGGGUAAUCUUCAAGAAGCUUUAAAUAUGGAAGAUAAGAAAGUAUUUGCUGAGGAUGAGUAUUACCAGGAUUAUGACCUACCAUGUGAUGAAGAUUGGAUAAUGAUUCGAACUUUUUGCAAACUUGCUGGUUGCAUAUAUAAAGUGGCAAAGGAACUUUUCGAGGGAGAGUAUUCGACAUCUAAUGUCUACUUCCACCUUCUUGCGGAGCUGAAGUUUAUGUUGAAGCAAGAGCUCGCAAGUGCUGAUAAUGACCACUUCCUCUGCAAAGCUAAUGAGAUAUUGGAGAGGUUUGAUAAGUACUGGAAUGAUAUGUUCCUUGUUUUGGCAACUGCUUCUGUUUUAGACCCUCGGUUCAAGAUGAAGUAUCUUGAGCUUUACUGCUCAAAGAAGGAAGUUAAUGAUGGAGGUUCAAAAGCUGAAACUGUUUUGGACUACUUACACAAUCUAUUUGCUGAUUAUGCAGCUCCUGAUAUCCCUCCAGCAACAGAAUGCCUGGAUACUACAGUUGACUCGAUUUUCUAUAGCUCAGAAGAAGAAGAAGAAAAAGAAAGUGAAGAAGAGGAAAGUGAUGAAGAAGAUGAAGAAUGUGGUGAAGAAGAAGGUGAAGAAAGUGAUGAAGAGGAAAGUGAUGAAGAAUGUGCGGAAGAAGAAGGUGAAGAAGAAGAACAGAAGGUCAAGGAAGAGAAGAAGCCUGGUGCAUACGAGGAUUUCGCUUUCUUUCAAGAGUUUCUCAAGUUUGAAGGAUCGGCAAGAGAGUUUGGUGAAUCAGAACUCGAUUCCUAUCUCAAAGAGCCGGUUAUGAAGUGGAACAAAGACUUCAAAGCACUGAAAUGGUGGAAAGCAGAGAGCCAAAAGUAUCCAAUUCUCUCCCAAGUAGCUCGUGACAUUCUCUCCAUACCAAUCUCACGCGCCACUUCAUAUGACGCUUAUGUUGCUGACAGAAGGGAGUGUCCUAAAUUUGUUGUCUCCAUGAAAGCCGAACUUGUGAACGCCAUGAUGUGCAGCAAAAGCUGGUCACGACUUUGAUCUGCCAAGAUUUGUAACAACAAGAAAGAGCUUUGGCCUUGCUGUGAAACUCAUAUUUCUGUACCUUUUUUCAUUUAGUCCGUUUUCCAUUUCUGUAUCAGUAACAUUGAGAACCUUGUUUUAAUUAAAAUCAAAACUCUCU